AUGGAGACUCUAAAAAUGUCGAAAGCGGAGGAAGAAUCGACCGGGUCAACAAAGGAGGACGAGGAGGACUCGCUGAAAUAUAUCACACGGCAGAACAAAUGCCUCCUCUGUCUCCGCGAUAAUGUCUUCACACUCGUCACCCUGGGAGGCGUUGGCGUGGGCUUUGCGCUGGGCUUUGGCGUGCGAGCUGCAAAACCAUCUCCUGAGGCGGUGGACUGGAUCGGUGAGUUCUACCUCCUGCUAGGUGAUGUAUUGUUUUCGGGACUACCCACUGACUGCAAGACCUCGUGCGAGUUCAGUCGAGUGAUUGUAUCAACUUGGCUCUUUGCAGAAACUUAA